AUGACAACGUCGCAUUCCUCAAUCGAGGAGGAGCAUGAAUGGUGCCUGUCGACGGACGGUGUCCGUGUGUCGUGUUGUUUUCAUUUGUGGUGGCCAGCGACCGCAACCGAAAGAGAAGUGACCUUUGAAGAAGGUGCCCUCGGACGCAACCCUUCCGCGGCCAAGCGCCGUCAGCGAUGUCGGCCUGAGCGAAGUAGCCUAACGGUGACCAGAAAAGUUCAACCAAGACGACGGAGAAGAGAAACGAUGGCCAAAAGAAUCAUGAGCAGCAGGUGUCCGCACGUGCACACACUGGCCGACGUCGGUCCUGAGGACGUCGAAGCGGUCAAACAGAGGAAGGCGACGUGCAAGGAGUGCGAGUCAAAAGGGCCCAAUCUGUGGGUGUGUCUUCACCACGGCUGCCUCAGGGUGGGCUGCGGCGAGGCCCACAAUGACCACAGCACCAUCCACAACAAGGACUAUCCAGAGCACUGCCUCCAUUUGAAUCUAUCAACGCAGCGAGUUUGGUGCUACAAUUGUGAGAAUGAAGUUUUUCUCGAACAUAACCUGCCCGCACUGACCAAGUUCACCAAAAUUCCCACUCAGCAAACAGAAAAACAGCAAGCGGAGUCGGAAAGUAGUGACAGUGAUGCUAGUGAAGACUCAACCUUAAGACCAAGAGGUUUGACAGGACUGCAGAACAUAGGCAAUACGUGCUACAUGAAUUCUGCGCUUCAGGCGUUGUCCAAUACACCACCUUUGACGAGAUUCUUUCUUGAAUGUGGAACUUCCCUUGUAAAAAACUCUCUUGAGCGGAAGCCGAACCUAGCGAGGAGUUACCUACGUCUGAUGCAGGACAUGUGGCAUCCAAAACGUCUUGGAUAUGUCACCCCUUCCAACAUCCUCUAUGGAAUUCGAAAUGUACAUCCGAUUUUCCGUGGUUACCAACAACACGAUACGCAGGAGUUCCUUCGUUGCUUCAUGGACCAGUUGCAUGAGGAGCUGAAGGAGCCAAUCAUGGAGUUGGAGAACGGUGUUGCUGUGCAAGCCGUGCAAGAUGAACAAGGCGGUGAGCGCUUGACUCCGAGCGAGGAGGACGAGGAUGAGGAAGCGGGCGAGGGGCCUUCGAGUCAGUCUGAGGGCGAGUACGAGACUUGUGACUCUGGGGUCAGCGAACGCAGUUCCCUCAGCAUCAGCGACGAUGGCGAAAGGAAGCGCACUUCUUCCAGGAGACUUUCUCGAUCUCCGUCCCCUAGUCAGGACCAACAGGUGCGCAACAAAGGUGCAGCUAGGGUGGCCAUGAAUGGAUUCAAUGGACCCAGAGCUGCAUCACCAAACAAACCUUUCAGAAGGAAGCAUUCUUUAAAGCAUAAGAGCAUCAUCUCUGAUAUAUUUGACGGAAAACUGCUCAGUUCCGUCCAGUGUUUGACUUGUGAUAGGGUCUCCUCUCGUGUCGAGACUUUCCAGGACCUGUCGCUUCCCAUACCGAGCAGGGACCAUCUGCAGGUGCUGCACCAGGGCUCACAGAAGCCAGGCACCAGUAUGGCUGCAUGCUCGGACGCAUACGGGGGUGAGCAGGGAUGGAUUGGCUGGAUGUGGGAAUGGCUGCGCAGUUGGUUUUGGGGACCUACGGUCAGUCUUCACGACUGCCUCGCUGCCUUUUUUAGUGCUGAUGAGCUCAAGGGUGACAACAUGUAUAGUUGUGAGCGAUGCAGCAAGUUGAGAAAUGGCAUGAAGUACUCAAAGGUGCUUGAAUUGCCCGAAGUGUUGUGCAUCCACCUCAAGAGGUUCCGCCACGAGCUCAUGUUUAGCUCCAAAAUAGGCUGCUACGUCACCUUUCCCCUUGAGGGUCUUGACAUGCGGCCUUACCUUCACAAAGAUUGUUCGUCAGAAGUGACCAACUAUGACCUGAUGUCUGUGAUUUGCCACAUUGGAACGGCUGGAGGCGGCCACUAUAUUUGCUACUCAUGCAACGCCAACAGCCAGCAGUGGUACGAGUUUGACGACCACCGAGUGUCGGAGGUUUCGCCUCACACGGUGCAAAGCUGUGAAGGCUAUGUCCUCUUCUACAAGAAAUCUAGUGAGAAGAUGAAUCAGCUGCGUCAGCGAACCAUGGAGCUGAUUCAGCGAGCACGGCCGGAGCCCAGCCUGAUGCAGUUUUAUGUGUCUAAGCAGUGGCUUAGCAAGUUUAACACAUUUGCUGAGCCAGGUCCAAUUGACAACUCGGACUUACUCUGUGUGCAUGGCGCUGUUCACCCUCAAAAAGUGUCUCAAGUGCGUGAUUUGUGUGCUGUGCUAAGUCAGAGCGUCUGGGAAUACCUGUAUGACAAAUUCAGUGGAGGCCCGCCGUGCAACAGACUGUUUGAGUGUACCAUUUGUAAGCAGGAACAGGAGUCAUUGUACCUCAGACUGAGCCAGGAGCUGGAAUCAUUCCUCAAUCUCAACUCACACGAGGAAGCAACGAGUCAUGCCAUAUCCAUGAGCUGGUUCCGUCAGUGGCAGGCAUUUGUGCAGAGGAAAAGUCCUGAUCCUCCCGGUCCAAUUGACAACUUGCCAAUCUGCAACAGCAAUAAUGGCGUGCCCACAAUCAGACCAGGAUCUGACUAUGCUCAGCUAUCAGCAGAGCUGUGGAAAUUCUUCCACACCCUCUAUGGCGGUGGCCCUGAGCUUGUGCUUCGUCAACAAUCCUCAUCACCAACAACUCCGUCACCGCCAAGUGGAGGCAUUGCCCAGAUUGGCAUGAAGGGCCCCCAAUCAAAGGCGCGACGAGCAUCAAUGAGGGCCCGUGGCACUAGUGAGGACGAAACGCCUUCGUCGCCACCGUCGUCGCUGCCAACCCCAUCAACGCCUGUGCGGUUGUGUGGCAGCAACUCAAGCAGCGCAAGCGACGAUGAGCCGCCGACCGGUCUUUUGGCUUAGAGCAAAAGAUGGCGAUGAAUUGUAAUACCAAAGGCACUGCAAAAGCCAGUAUAGUGUGUUCCUCAACAAACGAGAAAGGUUAAAUUUUUCAUUAUGAUAAUAACUACAUCAAAUUAAGAAGUACAUUAUGCAUUACGUCAUUACAGCUAGAAUAUAUUAUUUAUUUCAAAUUUUAUCAUUGGUGGGAAGAAAAAUAUAACAAAAAGCAAUGCAAGUAUAAUUAUAUUUGUUGUUGUCGGAUUUUAUAAUCUCUCUGCAUUCCACCUUUUGUUGUUACUUGGACGUUUUAUUUUUCAAAUAUGGAUGUGAUUUUUACACUGUGAAAGGUGCAAACCGCUGCUUCUUCUGUACUUUCCAAUAAACUUCACACAGUAUUUCCAAAGCUAAUUUUUAUAUAACAAACU